AUAAAAGUUAAUUCUACUACUUACACUGUCUGCUUCUUUAAUGCAAUGGAUGGUGGCUUUGAUGGUGACUUUCCGGCUGGUUUGAAGGUUCUUGUUGUUGAUGAUAACAGGACUUGUCUCCUUGUUUUGGAAACAAUGCUUCGAAAGCUUUCUUAUGAAGUUACCACAUGUCAGCUGGCAAGACACGCCCUUGCUUUGCUUCGAGAAGACAAGAACAGAUUUGAUAUUGUGCUAUGUGAUUUACAUAUGCCUGAACUGGAUGGACUGAAGCUUCUUGAGAUCAUUGGAUUAGAGAUGGACUUGCCCGUUGUUAUGAUGUCUUCGGAUGAUGGAAAAGGAGUUAUUAUGAAAGGUAUAAUCCAUGGAGCUUGUGAUUAUUUGGUGAAACCAGUUCAAAUGGAAGCGGUUCGACUCAUUUGGCAGCAUGUUGUUCGCAAGAGACAACGUGCCUUGGAAGAUUUUCAGCAGCUGCGUGGGAACAUUCAUGCUACCGGCAGGACAUUGCUAUUAAAACAAGCUAAGAAUGCUGUUGAUCAAAUGCCUGCCAGAGAGAGAAGAAUCUUGAAGCGAGAAAGAGAAAAUGAAGAUGAAGAUGACGAGGGGGAAUUAUCCGAGGAAGUCACCACUGCAAAGAAGCCAAGGGUGAUUUGGACACAAGAGCUCCAUGACAUAUUUGUUAUUGCCGUAAAUCAACUACGUCAACAGGCUGUUCCUAAGAAAAUUUUGGAGCGUAUGCAAGCUAUGAAUGUUACUGGUCUUUCAAGAGCAAAUAUUGCCAGUCAUCUUCAGAAAUAUCGUUUGCAUCUUCGAAAGGGAGGUGGUCAACCCUUGGCUGAUAACAGAAAUGUAAAUCUAAAUCCCUCCAUUGGCCAAGCUUCUUCAUUUAACCAGUUCAACCUCCAGUUUCAACAACCCACAGCCAUAGGCAGUUCCUGCAAUCAACUUCCGAUGCAAAAUCUCAUGAUCACCCCACAACCAUGUACCAUCAAUGACUCAGUCGUUCCAGAUUCAACUCAAUGUUUCCCAACUGAGUUGUCUACCAAUGAUCUCUCUCAACCAAACUUGUUAUUCCAAAAUGAUGUUCCCACCUCAAAUGUAGAACAUUUGUACAGAAACGUAGGGGUUAAUGUUUCUGAGCUGUCAAACCCGAUUUCAUCUGUGGAUGAUUCAUCUGUCGAUCAAUUGAUUUAUGAGCCAUCGUUUUUGGUUAGACAAUAUGAUCCAGAGGACUUCUUUCAUGGAGGAUUUCCAAGGUCAGAUUCUUACGUUUCAGUUAGAGACAUUGAGUAUCUAACCUCUGAGGAGGCACCCAUGAAAAGGAUUUCGUUCUUCCUACGAUAA